AUGGAUGCUUAUGAACAAGAGGCCAAUGAGUUAAGGUUGAAAAGGAGAAACAGUAUGGAUGGUUCAAGAAAUGAAAGAUCUGAGAUGGUUGUAUUCGAGAUGCUGCAACCUCAUAAAAAUAUAAAAAAAGUUACGAUUGAAGACUAUGGAGGCACAAAAUUCCCCAGUUGGAUUGCGUCCCCAUUGUUCUCCAAUAUUCUAUAUUUAAAGCUCAUCAACUGCAGGAAGUGUACACGACUGCCGGCACUCGGGCAACUUCCUUCACUAAAAGACCUCAUUGUUGAAGGGAUGGAGGGCAUAACAAGUAUAGGCGCCGAGUUCUAUGGGGAUUACCAUUCAUCUGUCCUUCCAUUUCCGUCGUUGGAGACCCUAAAAUUUGACUACAUGAUAAACUGGGAGGAGUGGUCUUCUUCUGGGGUUGAAGGACGGGAAGAUUUCUGUUGCCUGAAAAAGAUUGAAAUUCUAAACUGUCCAAAGCUCAAAAAGUUCUCUCAGAACUUCUCAGCCUUGAGAAAAAUGAGAAUUAAGUGGUGUGAGGAAUUGAUUGCUCUUCCAAGCCUUUCAAAGACAGAUAAUCGUUUAGAGCAACGCGGAGAAUUCCCUAACCUCCUUGAGCUUUUUAUAUGGACAUGUCCCAACCUAAGGGAAUUACCUAGCAUAUUUCCGUCUCUGCAAGUCCUCGAGAUAAAUGGAUGUCAAGAACUAACAGAGCUGCCCAAGCUCCCUUUGAUCAGGGAGUUGGAACUUAAAAAGUGCAAUGAGGAGAUACUACGAAGUAUAGUUGGACUUUCCUCGCUGACCUACUUGCAUUUGCAUCAAAUUCCCGGGCCAACACGUCUACUUGAAGGGUUUCUACAACACUUGACAGCUCUUGAAGAGUUGAAGAUUGUGCAUCUCAGCGAGAUGGUCACUUUGUCUAAUGAGAUUGGAUUGCGAAAUCUCAUGCACCUCCAACGCUUGGAAAUUUCAGGAUGUCCAUUCUUACAGGAGUUGCCACAAUGCUUGCACCAACUCUCAUCUCUUAAGGAGUUUAAAGUUUGGAGAUGUCCUUCACUUGUAUGCUUUCCGGAAACAGGUUUUCCUUCCACGCUUAGAGGCCUUGAGAUCAAGGGUUGUGAUGCUCUCCAACUCCUACCAGAAUGGAAGAUGCAGAACAGUAAUGACUUGUGUUUUCCGCUUGAGUACUUGGUAAUUGAAGGCUGUUCUUCUCUGAAGUCGUUUCCGAAAGGUGAGCUUCCCAGCACACUCAAAGAACUUGAAAUCCAAAACUGCAAAAAUUUGGAAUCCCUUCCAAAGGACAUGAUUCACAAUAAUAGUUCUCUUGAAUUUCUUAAGAUUUCCGGGUGUCCUUCUGUUACAUCCUUUCCGAGAGGUACUUUUGGUCUCCCUGCAGUAACAUCCGGCGUAGUCAUGAACCUUAAACAGCUCAUCAUCAAUGACUGCACCAACCUCCAGUUCUUACCUGAAGGUCUGCACAACCUUGUACAUCUCAAUAAUUUGGCAAUUACUGAGUGUCCACUUGUCGAGUCUAUCGCGGAAUUUGACCUACCCAACUCCAUGCUGAAAGCAAUUAAAGUUUCUGAUUGUAGAAGCCUCAAGUCCCUACCAAAACGUAUGCACAACCUCACGUCUCUUCAAGAACUAUGCAUAGAAAGUUGCCCUAGUCUCGUCUCAUUUCCAGAUGGUGGAUUGCCAACUAAUCUAUCUUCAUUGUCGAUCAUGGAUUGUGAAAACUUCAAGCCUUCGUUCGAGUGGGGGCUGCACAGACUCACUUGUCUCACCAACCUCGCCUUUGGUGGUUGUCAAGGACUGGUGUCAUUCCCAGAGGAUUGGCUGUUGCCUAUCAGUUUAUCCUCUCUUCAGCUUCAGCGACUGCCAAAUCUCAAGUUCCUACCCAACAGAUUUCACAAUCUCACCUCUCUCGAUAAUCUGGAAAUAUCGGAAUGUGACAUACCUCAAACCUUGUUUGAAGAGGAGCAACCGAAGAUGCUUCAAAAUUUUGAAAUUCUGUGA